AUGGAGAUACUAGCGACUGAAAUAGAGACACUCUCGGCUAUAUAUGGCGACGAUGCCUUAUCUGAGUAUAACAGCGUGAACAAAGAUAACGAGGACAGAACGCGAUUGAAAGUACACAUCAAGUGGGUCUUGUAUGAUAUUACUACUAGUCUUCUUGAACCCUACGAAGACGUCUUUGUUGAUAUCUUGAUAUCAUUGCCUAGAACAUACCCUUCAAAUGCAGCACCGCAGAUGCAGUUAUUAUCAAAGUAUAUAGGAAGUCAUGGUGUAGAUUCUGUUCUUUUCGGUGAGAUACUCAGAUCUUUCAUUUCUGAAAAUACUGGUGCGGAAUGGCAACCAGAUGAGCCAGCUAUAUAUAAUGGGAUUGAAGACGCACGCGAGAAAUGCACGAAAUGGCUCGAAGAUCUCAAUACUCGGGUUGUCGUAGGAGAAAUUCAAAGAGAAGAAGAGCGGGAGCUCAGAUUAGCGACAAACCCACAACUGAUAGCUCAUGAGAAGCAGCUCCAAGAGGAGGCCUUGUAUGCGGCUGAGCUGGAGCAACAACAACAAGGUUUACCUGAUGGACUUGAAAUUAUCACUACACCUUCUGUCACAUAUACGAAAUCAACAUUUGCGGGACAUUGCGUUAGAAUCACCUCUCCUGAUCAAGUACCACUUAUCUUGAAUCAUUUGCAGACUGAUAGAAAAAUUGCACGAGCAACGCAUCCAGUGAUAAACGCCUGGAGGUGUAAAACACCUGACGGUGUUCAGCAUCAAGAUAAUGACGAUGAUGGUGAAUCAGCUGCUGGUAAUCGAAUAGCACACCUGCUAUCUAUACUUGAUGUCAAUAAUGUUUUAGUGGUAGUUACACGAUGGUACGGUGGUGUACACCUCGGCGCUGAUCGUUUCAAGUAUAUAAACCAAGUAGCACGAGAAGCCAUGGAUCUGGCUGGUGUUCUCAACGAUGAUGACGAAAUGAAUGGUAAAAAAGCCAAAGAAAUAUCGCGUAAGAAGAAGUAA